ACUGAGGCAUUCGUCCGGAGCAGCGUCAGCCAGCAGGUCUUCUGUCGGUGUGGGAAUCAGAGGAAGUCGGAUGUGUUAACCUGGUAGUCCCCGGUACACUGCACCCCUCUGAUCGGUACUGCCCGACCGGCCCGGCGGCUGCUGUCGCUAACUUACUGGCUAGCUAGCUAGCUAGCUAACCCCGCUCACUUCACCAGUUCUAGACGGUUCAAGGGACGGAGGAAACGGGGCCUCGGGAAAGUACGACUCGGUUUGCAGCUGCCCUGCAGAACACACCGGGUUAUUUUCUGGAGCUACAUCCUGCUGAGAUGGACAACCUAAGUGACGCUUUGGAGAAGCUGAAGCUGGCGUCCAAAGACAGCGCCACGGACAGCGUGGACAGUUGCCUGGACUGCCUGCUGAAAGCACUCGCCAACAACCACACAGAGGCCAGUGUGAAGAUCCAGGAGAUGGGUGUUCUGACCCUACUCCCCACCCUGUUGAGCCCCCAGUCCUCCUGCACCCCCAAAGUAGCCAACCUCAUAGCUGAGCUGGCCAAAAACGAAUUCAUGCGGGGUCCCUGUGUGGAGGCUGGCCUCAUCCCUCCUCUGAUUCAGCUGCUGACCUCCUCAGACCAGGAGGUGUUACUGCAGACCGGCCGCGCUCUGGGGAACAUCUGCUAUGACAGCCGUAAGUAGGAGUCUGCUUUCUCCAGGAAC